GUGUUAAUGAUUCAAGUUAAGAACGACCUUCACUUCCUCCUUGUGUGCUUGUAGGGCUGGGCUGCCAAAGAGGCUGCAGUGUCCGCCCUGGCAGCCACAGGCAGAAUGGACCAGGAAACCCUGGGAAGCGUUGUCCUCCUCGCCAUUGUCACCUUGAUAAGUGUUGUCCAGAAUGCUUUUUUUGCGAGCAAAGUGGAGCAUGAAAGCAAAUACUGCAAUAGCAAGGGGUUCCAGCGAUCAGGAUCCUCCGCCUUCGAUCGUGUCUACACAGCCAACCAGAACUGCGGACACGCGUACCCCACGUUCCUCGCUGUGCUCUGGUGCGCUGGACUUCUCUGCAGCCCAGCUCCUGCCGCCUUUGCCGGCCUGAUGUACCUGUUUGUGAGGCAGAAGUACUUUGUGGGCUACCUGGGGGAGAGGACUCAGAGCACUCCUGGUCACUUGUUUGGAAAGCGCAUCAUUUUGUUCCUGUUCCUCAUGUCCGUGGCCGGAAUACUCAACUACUAUCUCAUCUUCUUUUUUGGAAGUGACUUCGAAGUGCACAUAAAAACCAUAACCAGCGCGAUCUCUCCGUUGUUGCUCAUACCCUAGCUCCCCAUAGCACUGAGGGGGUCAGCAUGCUUAAUGUAUUGAUACCCAGAAGCAGCCAUAAUUCAACUGUUUAAGAAAUGAACCCAUAACCCUUUUAGAUUGCUGUAAAUCUCAUGCUUGAUGGGCUUUGUAGCUUGAUUUAACCUUGCUCUUCCCUUCAGGAAAAAGAUUUAUCGUGAGCCCUUGGCAUGCCUGCAGAAUGGUAACAUCUUCCAGUUAAUUCUCUGGAGUUUUUUCUCUAAACUGCAGUUUGUGAGCUGAUUGCAUGACUGGAAGGGACAUUGUAUGCUUGCUUUGUAACUGUUGUACUAAGCUUUUGCCCCAAGACCCAGGAGCCCCUCAGUGCUGUUGCUGACCAAUGGCUUCUGCAGUUAUCCUCAUGGACAAUCAGAGCCUUUCGCCAUCAUCCCGCACACCUUGGCCCAGCAAAGGCAUGGCCCAGCCUCUUCACCUACCCUUCCCCUCCCACUUGUUGGUGACUGAGCUCCUGCUGCUGCAGGGCAGCAAAUUCGCCUGUGUCUGGUCUUCCUUGAUAAAUAUUCAUGUGUGUAAUGCUCUUGACACUGGUCUCAUCUACUCUUCAGCCUUUUUGUUCUUCCAGAGAUGUGGAAAGGGGUUUUAAGUAAAUGAGGAGCUGGAGUAUUGACAGACGGGUUGGAUUUGGCUUGCUUUGCUUUGUUUAAUAAAACAGUAUAAAAGGAAGAAA